AUGUGGGUCCUUUUAUGGAUCUUAUCUCUUUACUCGGUGUGGGGUUACGGUGGCGGUAAGUUGAAAGUGCUUUUAACCAUUGCUUAUAAUGUUAGCUAUGAUUUUUAAAGACUAUUUAUGAUGUUAACCAUGAUUAAUGUAUCCCGGUUUAGUUGAGAGACACGAUUUGGCAAGUGAUCCGGAUAAGAAUGUCAUUGUGGAAUCAUAUGAGAUUGAGUUUGACUUGCGCCUGAUUAAUUCGUAUGCUGCAAAUUGUAAGGUGUUCUUUAUAAUGUAAAACUCGUCAUUGUUUUAGCUAAUUCCAGAUUUCGAGGAGAUGUUAAAAUUCGAUUCCAAGUACUCAAUUCCUCCGAUCACGUCUCUCUACACGCAUGUAACUUGACGGUGUUGAGGUCUUCACUCUCUGAAUUUGAUAAUCCCUCCAAAGACAUUUCGAUUACUGUAACAUCGAAGGAUGAUGCUUUGGAUCUCAAGGGCCAGGAGACGUUCCAAGUGGGCAUCAAGUAUCUGUUGGUAUUUCAUUUUGAAGGUCAAAUCUACAAUGAUCCCAUUGGAUUGCAUCUUCAGAAGGAUCAGAGACAUCAAACAAAACUUUUGCAGUCUCAGUUUAGUCCAAAGAACGCUCGAAGAGCUUUUCCCAAUUUUGAUGAUCCAUUUCACAGAGCUCAUUUCGAUCUUCGAUUGAUUAUCCCGAGGGGGAUUGAGGCUGUUAGUGGAAGUAAAGUAAAGCAUGUCAUUCCACAGUAAGUUUGUAAAGUAAAACAAGCUUUAUGCGUAUUUAGAGGGCAAUUUGAGACGGUGGUUUUUGAAAGGUCGGAUAAGAUCCCUUCUUUUCUUCUGGGAUUUGCUGUUGGGAAUUUUCAUAAGCUCUCAAGAACCAGCCAAAACGGAGUCAAUGUAAGUCGAAUAAAUUGUUUUUGGCAUUGUUAAUCGGCACUUGGUAUUAAUAAUACCGAAUAAUUUGUUUUUCAGAUAACUCUCCUCACCCCUCACGGUUACCCAUCUCCAUCCUCGUUCCAUCUCGACGCUGCUGUUCAAUGUCUAGAUCAUCUUGAGGGCUUACUGGGAAGAUCUUUCCCGGUCUCUGAACUAAAACUUCUGGCCACUUUAAAUCAAGGAUUCAGCUCAGAAUCUCAUGGUCUCAUCUUUUUAUCCUCAACAACAGCCUUUCUUUCUCCAACAUCUGAUACAAGGAAGUUGUUCCAGACGGUUCAGAACAUUUGCCACGAGAUUUCUCAUCAUUAUUUCGGAGAUUUUGUAGGAUUUGAGGAUUGGACAGGUUUAUUUUUGAGUGAGGGAUUGGCGUCGUAUUAUGGGAACAGAGCGUUGGAAUGGAAUACAACACUAAAGGUAAGUGUAGUGGUAGUUUCAUACGGGUUUUUCCUGAUUUAUGUCUUUACCCGACAUUUUAGACCUAUCAAAACACACAAAUCAUCGGCAAAAAUCUGAAGGCUCUAAACGCAAUGAAAUGGGCGCAACAUCCAGUCAUCAGCGACAAAGGGCACUAUGACGGUAUGCUUACGUCAAUAGUCAUAAUCUUUUCCAGCUAUCACUUAUCUUGUUGGGGAAGCGAUGGUCCGAAUGUUCCACUCAGUUCUCGGGGAUGACAUCUUUUCUGAUGCCAUUGGAUAUUAUUUGGAAGAUCGUGGGAAGGGGACGACUAAUUACAAGGGAUUUGUAGCUGCGAUGAAAAAAGUUUGACUUACUUAUAUUUUUGAAAAGUUGAAUGUUUUGUUACCGUUUAACACGUUGCCUGCGUUAUUCCAGGCCUUACGAGGACAAACAAUUUGCGAUGGCCAAAUAAGUUUUGAAGAAUUUGUCGAUGACUUCCUCACUCAAACUGACCAUCCCGUCGUCUACAUUGACCUUGUGGAAGAUGUUUAUACGUUCAAUGUAAGCGCCACGUCUUCAAACAACAAGUGGAUAUUGCCCUUGCAUAUAUGGGAUUCGGAAAGCGAAAGAACUGAACUUAUUUGGAUAAAAAAAGGUAUUAUAUUUCAAAUGACAAAGUCCAGUUCAUACUUUAGGUACAUACGUAUAUCGGAGGUGAUUUAUAAAUCAAACUUAACUUUGAACUAAAUUUUAGCGUAUCUUGCCCAAAUUAAGCAUAAAAUUUUACUAAAAACCCGAAUUCAGUGUAAGCCAUGGAUAAGAUCAGCCGGAGUUUAGUCCAAAGUUCAGGGAGGACUAAACUUGCCGCUCUUGGCAGGAUUGAAAAAAAGUUAUAAGUCACCUCCGCUAUAUGCUUCGUUAUUUCAGAUGGCACUCUCUGCAAACCAAACAAGGCAUUCAGCCUCCGCAACACUAGAUUACUUGUCUUUAAUCCCGAGUCCUCGGAUUUUGUGGCGAUCCAUUUGUCACCUUUGGUUAUAAAUGAGUAUCAUCGAAGAUUGGAAAGCUACUCUCUGAUCAGAUCCAUGGACAAUAUUGUGAUCAGUUCGUUUGCAACUCAACUUGGUUUGAAUGCUAAGUAAGGGGUUAUAAUAUUGUAUAAUAUAUUAUAUAAUUUUUCAUCAAUUCUGUUUUUAGAACCGAAAUAUAUGGAAGCUGUCUGUUGAGUAUUGUGGAUUCUUUGGACGUCUUCAAAGUCCCGUUAAGAGUUGUUGAAUUAGUUGUUGAAAGCAAAUUGAAUUUGGUAUGUGUUUUAUGGAACGUGGUCGAUUGGGGGAAAUGAAAUUUUUCGCUAGCCAGAUCCUUUAUUGGCUAGUCUAUCCUCACAAAAGAUGAAUUUGUAGUCGGUUUCAACUUUCCAUGGCUUUAUUGCUUAUCUCGGUAAAAGAAACGAAAUUUUGAUUUUUUAAAACGACGUCUAACAUGUGUUUUAAAGAUUGGGUGGUAAUCCAUUACAACUCACAUGUAACUAACAAGGGCUCGGCAAAACCUCGUCCCCUGGUUUUAUCUUGAAACAUAUACCAUUUGAAAGAGCGUAAAAAACUGGUCUAGGAUCACCUUGAAUUAGCUGCUAUUAUCCAUUUACGUGCUGGCUAGCGAGCAUUUUUUAAGAUUUUCAAGUUGGAUUUUGUAAUUCUUUGCUUCUGAGGGUCGAACAGGACCGAAUAAACACUUUUCAUAUAAAUAUUAGUUACCUAUGGGAUUGAACGCUUCAACCUACGUCAAAAAAUAUAAACAUUUUUUUGCGUUGGAGACAUUCAGGUCGAUGUACUCAAUGAGCGAUUGCGCGAUGUUGUAGGUCCUGUAACCCAAGAGAAACUAAGAUGUUUCAAACAUGUAAGACGUUUUCACACUCAAUUUUUAUGUACUUUUUAUUUGCGGGAAUUCCUCGUAACAAGAUGAAAGCCUUUGAAAGUUUCAACCAUCCAGGAUGUCCCAUUGCAAGGUCAAAAACGCCAAAAUCAAAAAGAUCAAAAAAAGUUGCCGUUUUUGCUUUUAAAACGGAGGCGAGUAUACACAAAAGUCUAUUUGAAAAUUAAAGACAACUUUCUGGCCUUAUUCGUUCCAUAAUAGUUAAAAAAGUUUAAAAAAUCAAAAGGGGAUUCGAACCCGAUCCGCAGGUCCUCCUUGUGAAGCGCCUUACCCCACUAGGCCACCGAAGCACUGCUCCGCUGUGCUUUUGAAAUCGAUUGCGUUUCUUUUCUCAAAAGAAGGGUGAGACAAGCCUAGAACUAAAAAAUGCUCGCUAGCCAGCGUGUAAGUGAAUAAUAGCAGCUAAUUCGAGGUGAUCCUAUACCAGUUUUUUACGCUCUUUCAAAUGGUAUAUGUUUCAAGAAGAAACCAGGGGACGAGGUUUUGCCGAGCCCUUGUAAGGGCAUGUCAGGUGAAAAGAAACUAUGUAUAAAUAAGGUAUUUGUGGAGAUGAGAUAUCGGAAAGCGGUAACGUCGUAUCGCAUUCCCACUUGUUGUUUCCCCAAUCGUCCAGGUCCGGUAUAUUAUACUGUAGAUUUUUAAGAUGGGCCGGAAUGUUUGCAUAUGUUGAUAUUCCAGGAUUUUCAACCCUUCAUGGAACAGCUCUAUGGCUUUGUUGAUUGGACUGAAGCCGAUAAAUUUGAUGAGGAGACCGAGAUCCGCCGUCUCGUCCUUGAUUAUGCCAUCAGGUUUGAUCACAGGCCAGCUCUAAUCAAGUGUAACGACCUCUUCGAACAGGCCAAAGAGAACUGCCGAGACCCAGCCACCUUCAAAGAUUGUCAUCAUUUAGCUGCAUCUAUUCGAAUACCUGUGUAUUCAGCUGCUUUGAUAAUGGGACUUCAUUCCAGAGAUUACUUGGCUCGACAUUUACAUUCAUUAAAGAUGGAUACGGUAACAUCAGUCAAGGAAUGGGCCGAGAUUGAAGAAUUGGUCGGAAUUUUGGAUCAAUUCGAUCACUCGGUCAGCGAAAGCGAACACGAAAAGAAAUGUUAUCCCAUCGACGACAAGUCGGCUCUUCUGUCGAGGCCACACACUUUUUAA